AUGACGUUUGUUCACUUGAGCUGUCAAUCACAAGAAGGAAUGGAAAAAGUGAUGAACAUAGAGAAGUAUAGCAAAUAUUCAACUUUGCUUCGCGUCACAGCCUAUGUACGUCGAAUUAUUUCAAACUGUAGACAAUCAAGUACAAAAAUCACUGGCGAAUUAACAUCGACGGAAAUUGAAGUCGCCGAACAAAGAUGGUUGUUAGCCUGCCAGGGGUCAUCAUUUGUUGAGGAAAUAACAAGUUUGAAAUCUAAGACUCCCAAACGACAUCCUCUUGUUAGACAGCUGAGGUUGUUCGUAGACGAUACGGGGAUUAUUCGAUGCGGCGGCCGUAUUCACAACGCAUCUGUUGCUGACGUCACCAGAUUCCCGUACAUAUUGCCAAGACAGCAUAAACUCACGAAUCUUAUAGUGCAGGAUGCCCAUGAAAAUCAGUUACCAGCCGGGACAAACGCAACGGCCACGCAGUACUGGAUUCCCGCCAUACGCCAGUGUGUUCGUUCGGUUCUGCGAAAAUAUGUUUCAUGCAAACGCGUUCAAGGCAAAUCCUGCAAGCCUGUGGAGUCCCCGCUAUUACAAAAGUACAGAAUUGAAGAGUCUCCGCCAUUUAGCGUGACGGGUGUAGAUUUAACAGGUGCCCUUAACGUCAGAGAUCGAACCGGAUGCCAAACGAAAGUAUAUAUCUGCUUAUUUACGUGUGCCAGCACCAGGGCCGUUCACCUUGAGAUUGUUCAGGAUCUUUCACAAGAUUCCUUCAUGCAAGCAUUCCGAAGAUUUGCAAGUCGCAGAUCACUUUCGAAAAUCGUGGGCGCGUCACAUCAGCUCAGGCGUCUAUUCGAGUCAGCUGCAGUGAAGGAGCUCCUCAGCCGUAAAGGGACAGAAUGGCACUUCAUUCCAAAACGCGCACCGUGGUAUGGAGGAUGGUGGGAGCGCCUUAUUGGACUGACGAAAUCUGCGCUCAAAAAAGUGCUUGGUCGCUCACUCUUCAAUAUGGAAACAUUGCAUACGCAAAACGAAGUCCUUAAUCAGUUUUGGAAACGCUGGCGAACUGAGUACCUCACUGCUCUACGCGAAUCUCACAAACUCACUGGGACGACGUUGCAGAGUAUUGCUGUGGGAGAUGUGGUGCAGAUACACGACGAAUGUCCCCGCAGCCAGUGGAAACUGGGAAUCGUACAGGAGCUCAUCACCGGAAGAGACGGUCUAACACGAGCUGCACAUGUCAGAACCACCCGGGGAGUCACGACAAGGCCUAUUGUGAAGCUCUAUCCGUUGGAGGUUACGAGUGACAAUGAACACUAA